CGGCAUAAAGGAAAAUACAUCACGUUAAUUUUUUUCUUCAAAACAAACAUAACGAAGCUGCAGCAAAUUCAUAAAGGCAGCCAUUUUGACUUAACGAAAGUUGUGAUAACAUAUAUGUUGUCACAUUUCAAUACAGAGUAUUUGCGAUUGCUGUAAAGGAGAAAGAGAGAACGCAAUAGUGUUUUUGAUGAAAUUACGUUAAAAACGGUUGGAUUUUUUAGUGUGUGAAAAUUUUUAACAGAGUAGUACAGUGUUGCUUGUGAAUUGCAAAAUUUAAUAACUGACUAAAAAAUUUAGAGCUGCAUUUUUUGAGGAAUUUUUUAGAUAAUCAAAUUGAAACAAGAUUUUUCGUGGUAAAAAGUACACAGAAAAAGUGUGUUUAAUGUAAAUUGUAAGACAACAAUAUAAAUUUGUUAAAAAUAAUAAAAUGUUUGCCUUGAAUUAAAUAAAAAACAAUAAACCACCACCAUAUUUAUGUCGUGGGUUUUAUUUUCCCAACAAUCAUUUUUUCUUUUUUGGUUCAUCGUUGUCUACUCUUCAUAUUGUGCUGCCGCUGCUAUUGUUGUUGCUUGUGUUUUUUUUUGGCUUCGUUAAGUUUGGUCUAGCAUUCGUACAGUAGCGGUUCUACUGACUAGUAUCGAACAUUUUUCCAUUGUGGUAACGCCGUCGAGUUUUAUUGUUGUUAUUAUCGUGUCCAUUGAUGUCAAAAAUAGAAGAAAAUAAUAAAAAAAAAUAAAAUUUUUAUUAAAAGAAUCUUGGAAUAAAAUUAACUACAAAAUCUUGUGGUAGAUCUUUUUCAUGGGAAAUUUUAUAAGUGUUUUAAAAUGUUUGAAUUGUUAUGAAUUUAAGUUUAAUGUAAGACGACUCUAAAAAUUUAACGUGAUAGACAGAGAGAGGAAGAAAAGAAAAACUUUUGACUCUACAAUUGAGCUGUUGCCUCCAAUACACAACCAAAAUUAUUCCUAACAAUAAUAAUGAAUAAUCAAAUGAACAGUGCAGUGCGUAAAAUACAUAAUCUGCUCUCAAGUGGAGCAGUUACAGUUACCGGGCCCAAUCAGCCGCGUAUUCUCAAACAAAAAAUUGUUGGCUCCGGUGCAACCGCAACGACAGUUACAACCGCUUCGCUUGCGAAUAAUGUACAACAACAGCAAGUUGUUACAACAACCAUAAAUCGUUGCUAUGUCUGCGAUGAUGCAUUGGGUGCCAAUCAGGCUCAACAUCAAUUAACAGAGAUGCAGACAACGCACACAACAACAAAGUUUCCCAAUAAAAUUGGUCAAUUGGUUGGUGAUGCUUUUAUGGUCAUCGUUAGUGUCGAGGAUGUUGUUUGUUCACGUUGUACAAAUCUCAUCAACUAUUUGGAUCGUUUAGAGAAUGAUGUCGAACGUGUUCGGACAAAUUUAAUGAAUUUGUUGCAUAAAAAAUAUGGUUUAAAUGAUGAUAGCGGUGGCAUUGUAAAUGCAACCACUGUAGUCGCCACUGGCACACCAACAAUUGCUGCUGCCAAUGUUACAAAUAAUGUUUCCUCGGCCACACUACAAGCACCGCCUAAUAAAUUACAAAAAUUAAAUAGUGGAGCAGCUGUGAGCGCAGUACAACAAAUGAAAAUAUCUACACAAUCUCCAACAAAUAUACAACAACAAUCGGCUGGCACACAAACGCUACAGCGUAAAACAACAAAAAUCUACAAGUGUUUAUCGUGCGACUACAAGACAUCGGACAUGCGUCUCUUCAAUACGCACUAUGAAACAUGCAAACAUCAAAAUUUCCAAUGCAAAAACUGUAAGAAAAUUUUCCCCAACUUUGGAGCGAUGAAACAGCACAUGGUGCGUGAACACAACACACCCAUGGACAAUACGUGCGCUGUCUGUCACAUAAAUUUCGUGAGCGAAUCGGCUUUGCGCAAACACAUGGAAAUCAAUCACAGUACGAAUGUGGUCGUAACAAGUACAACAACUCUGCCAGUGUCGCAAAAUGCAGCACCAGCUGCAGAUCCUAUAACAGCCGUAAAUGCACAAGCUUCUCCUGGCACUACGACCACGCCGCUCUACACAUGUAAUCAUUGUCAGUUCAAGUCCACCGACAAGAUAACAUUUGAUGAGCACAUGCGCAAACAUAUGUCGGGCGUCAAGUCGAAACCAUUUAAGUGUCGUCUGUGCGCUCAACGUUUUGAGACUCGUGAGGCGGCCACAACACACGCUAAACAGCAUCAGGGCAAUGUAUUCAAGUGUGGAACUUGCUCCAUGUCUUUCCCCAAGCGAGAAAUGCUUGUCAAGCAUUUCGAAGAGCAUCAACAGCAGCAACAUAACACGCAACAACUUCAACAACAGCAGCAGCAGGUUCAGCAGCAACAGCAAAUGAUUACCAUUAAACAGCAGCAGGCGCCGCAGGCUUCACAGAAUAUGCUGACGACACAGAAGCUUUUGCAGGAAACUAUCGAUGAAGCUUUAAGUGAUUCAACCACACCAGUAACAACAACCCCCACAACAGACGUAGCAGGUGCUUCCGCCAACAAUAUACGAUUCUUUUCAUGUCAUAUUUGUUCUUUGACAUUCAUACAAGAAAAUUACUAUAACCAACACAUGGAAACUCAUAGAAGGGGAGAUGCUACUACCAACACCGCUACAACUACGGCCAGCACACACAAAAAGACUUCCAACACGGUCGUUGGAAAUAAUUCAUUGUCCACUUUGAAUGCAGCCGCUUUGCUAAGUGAAGCAGCUCAACAGGACACCAAUGAAAUGGUCCAUCACAAUACCGACCUUAAUGUCCACCACCAGCAACAGCACCAGCAGCACCAACAGCAGCAACAACAACAACAACAGCAACAAACUGCCACUAUGGGUAAUGCUGGCAAUAACACAAUCUCUGAGGCAGAUAUUGAAAGCAUUUUUGAGAAAAUGCAUUCCGAUAAAGGCGACGCUGGUGUCACUGCCACCACUACGUCAUCUGGUAACGGUGGUGGUAGCAACGAUCAAGUUGUCAUAACAUCACAAGCUGGUUCUGGCGGUGGCAUAACCUUUAAUAUUACCAUCCCCGGACAAGAAGGUGGUGGUGUAGUGUCGACCAGCGAAGAUCACACUACUAAUACGACCACCACAACCACCGCCCCAGUGUCGGUAAGCAUAGAUAUGCCCAUGUUGGACCAACCGGACGAUUCAACACAUGCUUCGACAACGACCACUACAACCACCACCACAGCAUCCACAAAUCUGAAGGCAGAAUCACCAAAACCAACCAGUGCUGGACCGGUCAGUAUGCCCAGUUUAGACGAUGAUAAUGAAGAACAACAACAACAACCUGCUACAAAUCCAUCUAGUGAGAACUCCAAGAACAUGGAAGAACCUGCGCAACAUAAUGCUGAAGAAUCAACAGCAACACCAUCAAAUCAACCUGCCACAGACGAUGGAACAACUAAAACGGAAGAGUCUUCAGCCAACAAUCAUCAAAAUGAACAGCAAGUUGAAGACCAGUCAGCGCUUGAAAAUACUGCCACAACAGACAACCAACAAACGGAAUCCGCUAUAGGCGAUGAAUCACACCACCAACAACAACUGCAGCAGCAACACGAAGUGUCUGAAGCAGGCGGAGAGCAGCAACAACAACAGACUCAUGAACAUCAUGAAAUGACUGCUGGAUCAGAGGGUGGUGGUGGUGCUGAGGGUGAACAACAGCAGCAUGUUGCUAUGGAAUUAGACGAGGCUGCCAUGCAAGCACAAGUUGAUGGGGGACAAAUUAAAUUUAUUCUCAACGAAAGUGGACAACUUUUGCAACUUGAUAAUCACAUUCUCACCGAUGCUGAUGGCAAUCAAAUUCUCGUCCAAGAUCCGGAGCAUAUACAACAGCUGCUCCAGUCGGUGGGAGUAUUGCAGUCGGGCGAGGGUCUCGAUGGUGAAACUCUGCAAAUGAUGACAGACGCUAAUGGACAAAUGGUCUUGGUGCAGGGUGAAAACAAUGAAACACAACUAAUUGAUGCCUCCCUUCUGAAUGCGGACGGACAGUUGGUCAUACAACAGUCACAGGACGGCGAUGGUGGUGCCCAUGUCAUUGGCGAAGAUGGUACACGUAUUCCUGUAUCCGUUUCCUACACCGAAGACGGUCAACCGAUUGUUCAGGUCCAACAGCAAGUGUUAGAAGCAGCAACUGGCGGCGGCGAGGAUGAUGGUGUUAUGGAGAAGGACGCCACUGGCGUAGAAGGUAAUGAUGGUACACAAGGUGAUGAUGAUCCUGCUCAUACUACUGCCACUACAACAGCAAGUGGUAGUACGACGAGUGGUGGAUUCUUUGCUCUUGAAGAACUUAUGCAACAACAAUCUUCCUCCUCAGGAACAGCGCAAGCGGGAGGCACGGAUAAAAUUGCCAUUAGCUCGGAUUAGGGGUGGCUGCUAUAAAAUGUGUAUCAUAUUCAAUAAUAAUUAUUGCAUAGCGUAAUUACAGCUGAAGGCCCUUGAUUUCAUUUUGGUAGUUGGAGUGUAUAACAGAUUUCUUUAUCACAUUGGAUGGAACCUGUUAAAAGAUGUCCGCAUCGAUUCUGAGAUAAAUAUUCAUAAUGUACGUAUAUAAGGCUUUAAUCCUGAAAACAAACUUGAAAUGUGAGGAUAUCAUCACUGCUACCACUGUUUCUUUAUAUUAAUAGCGUUUAAAAGAUCACGCUUAAUAUAAAAAAAAUCGAUUGAUUAAUUUAGUUUUUUUUUCUUAGUAUUUAAGUUGUAAAAUAUGCUUAAAACUUUCUUAUAUAGUUUCAUUAUUAUUUUUUUUUUAAUUUUUAAUUCUAAUGUCAUAAUUUACAUUAGUUUUUAGCAAAGCAAAAAGUCAGACGAAAACUUUUUAUAUAUUUAUAAAAAAAAACAAACAAAUAUCUCCCUAAAAACUCACACACACACACAUUCAUCCAACCACUACAACAUUUUCAAUUAAGAGAAAAAUAUAAAUACUAAAAUAUGAAAUCCUCUAAAAUACGAAUGUAACUCAUUGAAAACAACAAAUAAGUUUAUACAAAAGAAUUGUUUGUAAAGCAGAAAAACACUAUAAUAGAGUUCAUUACAAAUUUAUUAAUUUAAUACAAUUAAAAACCCAAUAAAAAAUAACCCCAAAAAACAAAAAAAAGGAGAAAAUAAUUUUGUCGUUAGUUAUUAGGCUUAAAAUACUUUUAAAAGAACUAAACAUUAUAAAGAGAAAAGGAAGAAGAAGUACGUAUAAGAAAAAAAAAACAAAAUAUUUACAAUAGUGCUAAAAUAAAUGUAAUUUUAAAUAAUAAUAAAAAAAACUAAAUUCUCUUUAAAUUAAAAAUAAAGAAAAAAACAUGUUUAUUAUUCAAAAAUAUUUUUGAAAUUUUGUAGUUGUUAGUUAAACAAAUAAUAAUAAAAUUUAAAAAAAAAUAUAUAUAAAAAAAAGAAAACUCCAUAAAAAUUAUUAUAAUGCAAAUAAUUACAAGUAUAUGUAAUGUGUGUAUAUUUGAAAUAAAUCUUUAACUUGCAACAAAAAAAAAAUAUUAAGCAAAUAUUUUAUGUUUUAAUAAAAGAAACAAAACAACGUCAACAAUAUCCUUUAAAUACAAAACAAAUAUAACUCUUUAACUUAUUACCAUGUACUAAUGUUAACAACGUUUUAUCCCUAUGAACUGUUACUCUCUAUCUCUCUCACUCCCUUACGCACAUUUCUAUAUUUAUCCGUCUCUGCCUAUCCUUCUUAACACACUGUGAAUAUAAAAUAUAAAUAUUUUUUUAAUGACCAAAUGCUAACUGAAUUUUAUUUUAACUAUUAAUUAAUAGUUCAUAAACUCACAUACGAGUACACAAAAAUCAUUAUCAUUUAUUUUAUUCUAUUUUCGUUUCGCCAUUUCCGUUUAAUAUGUAUUUGAAAUUUUAUUUUUUGCUUUUGUAUUAUUAACAUAGAUACAUACAUACAUUUAGUUUUCUUAAAAUAUUAUGUUUUACUUAUAAGAUAAAUAAAAAAAAACACAUUUAAAUCUAGAACUAUAUGGAUAUGUAAAUAUAUAUAGUUCUCUUGGUAAAAUCAGACAGCAAUGUAAGGAUUUCAGAAUAUAAAAUUAUAAUAAUUAAAAAAAACCAUAAAAUAAAUGUAUAAAUGAAAUUUAAAUGAAA